UUUUUAGCUUCUUCUUCCAAAACCUUCUCAGCUGAAGCACCGCACAGAACAAAACACAAAGCCCAAAAGAAAAAGCCCUUCUAGCUUUGCAUUUAUUCUCCGAUAUGACUUCACCCAAAAAGCCACCGGAAUCUGAGCGCCCGGCGACGGCGAUCUUAGUCCAGCCAUCGUCUCCUAGGUUUCCGAUUACUCCCACCGGUGCCCACCGGAAAAUUGGGAUAGCUGUCGAUCUGAGCGACGAGAGCGCAUUUGCUGUGAAAUGGGCCGUCCAGAAUUACCUCCGCCCGGGCGACGUUGUGAUCCUCCUGCACGUGCGUCCGACGAGCGUCCUCUACGGCGCCGAUUGGGGCUCUAUCGACCUGUCGAUGGAAACCGACGAGGAGUCGCAGCAGAAGCUGGAAGACGAUUUCGACGCCUUCACCACCGCGAAGGCCAACGAUCUGGCUCAGCCGCUGGUUGAGGCGCAGAUUCCUGUGAAGAUCCACAUAGUGAAGGAUCACGACAUGAAAGAGAGGCUUUGCUUGGAGGUGGAAAGAUUGGGAUUGAGUGCGGUGAUUAUGGGGAGUCGAGGUUUUGGUGCUUCGAAGCGGAAUAGUAAAGGACGGCUGGGGAGCGUUAGCGAUUACUGCGUGCAUCACUGUGUUUGUCCCGUGGUUGUGGUUAGGUUUCCUGAUGAUAAGGAUGGCAGCGGGAAUGAUUCCGGAGAUGCUACACCGGAGGAUAAGACGGGCGAUGAUCUGCUGUGUCCGCUGGUGCAGGAGGAUGACUGCCACGUUCCAGCUAAGAUAUACAAAGAGACAGAGGCGGCCUCUUAAGCAGGAUCCAGUUUGCUGCUUUGCUUGGUGGUUGUGGAUUCAUGUCUUGUGAAAAAUGAGUGGUAGUUUUUAUCUGUACUCGGUUAGCUACCUUAUAGACACGAGGGAAGCUUGGGAUGAUGGGGACAGCCUUUGAUCAGUUUCUUUGGUUCCUUUCUAUGUAGGUUGCAUUGCCUAUUUUGUGAUAUAAGUUUUCUUGUUGAAGACCCUUGUGCUUUGCAACCUAGUCCUCUCAGUUUUAUUACAUUGCGAUAGUAAAGCUGGAUAUGUUAUUAGUAUAAAUUGGUUCUGGGUGUUGCUACUUGUUACAUGUUCUUGACUGGAUGUCAAAUGGAUGACAUCUCCAUUAUUGUGCUCAUUUGGAGGUCAUAAUUUGAGAUCAGUUUGUUUACCAUGAA